GAGGGAGGGGCAGGCGCCGGCCGCGGCGACAGCGGCAGCUGCAGCGCGAGCAGGCCGGGCAACGCCGAGAGUACCGACAGCGCGAGGUCCUUGCAGCCCAGCGCAGCCAUGUGAGUGUCCGCGCCGUUUCCUAAGGCCGUGGCGGGGAGAAGGGGCGAGCUGUGGAUCCCGUGCGUCCUGCACCCGCGCCGCCCAUCGGCUCCCGGACUUGCGACCGGGUCCCGCCUCACCCCGUUCUCGCGACCCGGAUCGCGCCGUGUCUUUUCUCCCCACCCCCACCCCCACCCCGGGCACGGAGAACGCAGCUUCGCCCCACAAAAGCCGCCGCCUCCGGCUCUGCCGCGCCCGCCGCCUCCUCCCUUCCCUUCCGCGCCCAGGCCGCCACGGCAGUGCCCCGGGGCUCCACUGUGGGCAGGCCCGAGGGCGAGCCUGAGACGCCUUUCUGGGCCUGGGAUUGGCUUUAUCCUGGAGCCUGCGGUGCGGCAGAGGCUGAUCUGGGAAUGGGAACGGGGCGACAGGGUGCAGGAGACCCCCUAGAUGAGCUAGCUAGUGUUCCUGGCCCUGGUCGACCUAAGCUGCUUUGGGGCCAGGCCCGAGGUGACUGAAGACUGAAUUUGCCCGAGGCCACACUCUCCACCCAAACCGAAGCUGAAGCUGGAGAAGGUCGUUUUGGCGGCGGUCGACAGACCCUGUCCCUGGAAAUGGAAGCUGCUAUGGGGACUCAGCAAACAGUCAGAACUAAGCAUCCUGUAGAACUGGUUUGGGGAAGGGGUUGUUCAACCAGGGCUAGAGCCCCGGCUAUGUCAGCUUUUAGGACCCUCUGUCCUCCUAUCUUAAGUUAAGUCUGAGUGUGACCUCUCUUACCGGCCCUUCCAAAUCAUUUCUGAUGUGCGUGCAGGCUGGUCUCGUGUGUAAAAUCUAAUACAAUAAUAACGGUGUCCUGGCCACCGUCUAUGUGGCUGCGUGCGUCUUGGACCUGCACAUUCGACUGACAUGCAGCCUUCUGAGAAGGUGUAUGACCAUCUGGCAGAUGUAAAUACUGGGCCAGAGAGGUUAGCAGCAUUUUCAAGGUCACACAGCUGGGUUGGGAAGAAGCAAGAAUUCACUAUCCACCUCUCUAGUAUUGACAGUGGGGGUUGGGAGCACUACAGCCGGACAAGGACUGCCAAGGCUCCCUCGUCUACCUCCCACACAGUCCUGGGCCCUGUGGGCAGCAGAGCGAGAUGAGCAGUCCCUGGGCCUGGGUUUGGGUGGGAGGGAGGGGAGCGCACAAGGCGUUUGGACUAGGAUCUGCCUAGGUGGAAAACCAGGCGAGGAGGGCGAGAGUGAGUCAGAGCGUUCCCAAUCCGCCACCGCUGGGACUCGCGACCUAGCCAGACCUAGCCGGGGGAGGCUGUCCAGCUCCCAGAACGCGGCGGGACAGGGAAUGUGACCAGCUGACCAGGGAGGAGGCUGGCAGGAAGUGAGGCCACUAAGUAGUCUCCACCCGGUUCCGGGGUGGGGUGGGGGUCUUAGGCCAUAGCAGGCCCCCCUCCCCUUUUCAGUGGCAGUUCUGGUUGGCGGCUGCCAGAUGACGUCAGCAACUAGGUUUGGGGCAGUUGCCAUGGAGACAGGGACAGGCUUUUGCGCGCGACCCCCUUCUCCCUUGCAGCCACCCUUUUGCCUGGGUUAUUUAUAGCUUCUGUUUACCUCAGUCUACUGUAGCCCUACAGCUGAGUCGGGCUGGACCUAGAGACUCGUGGAGAGGCUGUAGCUAGUGUGGUGUGCGCUAGGUGAACAGUACUAUUGGUCUUACUUUCCGCCCCAUGCUGGUGGUUUUGUCCUGGCACACAGGAACGAUCGGGAGGUCUAUGGAAAGUGGGUUCGUGCAGGCAAUUAAGAUUCCAUUCGCUGUCGAGCUGCACGCCUCAUAACCUUUGGGACUUGAUUCUUUAUCGUUUCCAGAACUCACCUGAGUUGGCAGGAGCUGAGACUUCUCUUAGCAGCCAGCACCUACCAGUUGAGAUAGUUCCUCUCCCUUAGCUCCAGGUAGGGGUGAGGAUGGGGGGCGGGGGAGGCGGUGUUAGCCCUUUCUGUCCAACAGGGAAGGAGAUUCUGCCUCUCCCAGAAGUGAGCAGUCAGAUGUACGUUCUCUAUGGCCAUUUAAUGGCAGUGGGGUGAGGUGGUGGUGGUUGGUGUCACUUGUCAUGAUUCCUGAAUGUAGAGGUUAAAUGGCAGCAGAGAUGUUGCCAUGGAAAGAAAAUGAAGGAUGAAAAUGAAAGAUGACAACAAUCAGAAUCCCAGGACACCUCAAUCCUGUCUCUGUCCCUGGGAGCAGGCCUGCCCCAUGAAGUGGGAAGAAUUUUUUUAAAAAAAUUAUUUAUUUUGUAUAUAUGACUACCACUGUAGCAGCCUUCAGACACACCAGAAGAGGACAUCAGAUGCCAUUAUAGAUGGUUGUGAGCCACCAUAUGGUUGCUGGGAAUUGAACUCAGGAUCUCUGGAGGAGCAGUCAGUGUUCUUAACCGCUGAGGCAUCUCUCCCGCCCCCUAGUGGGAAGAAUCUUAAGUUGGGUAGGGAAUCAGGGUUCUAGCAGGUCAGGAUCCUGUUUCAAAGACUGAGCAGCCCAGCUCCCCAACUCAGCUCCCUCCUUCUUUCAGAUGCUUAGGUGCUGGUGGAGAGCCCAGGAAUUGAGUGUAGUGGGCAGGCAGGUAGGUCCCAGGACUCAGAGGCUAAUAGACUGGUGGGAAGAUAGAACCUGGAGAACUACAGCUAGCCACGUGGCCUUGAGGGUCAGAGAGAGGAAGCUAUAGAGGCGCCAAAAAGAGGGAACCAACUCAGGGUAGGCUUCCUGGAAGAAGUUGUUAGGGGGACAGUAGAAAAUGAGAGGGAGUUAAGCAGGCUAAGGGUAGAGAGAAGGGGGGGGGGCUGGGAUGCAGCUGAGUUGUAGAGUGCUUGCCUAAGGUCUUAGUCUGAACCUAGCAACACACACACCAACACACACACAACACACACACACACACACACACACACACACACACACACUAGUGGAAAGAGGGUAUGGGAGGAAUGGGUUUUGCUGCUCAGAUGCUAAGAACCUUAAGUGUGACAGGAAGGGGUCACAGUUGCUAGAGAAGAGGACAAGGACCUGGGAAGGAAGCAUAGGUCUUUAUUCUAGGGGCAGCAGGUAGCUGUGAAUUUUUCCGAAAUAGAAAGAUUUAGGGUCUUAGGUCAGAAAGCCUCUGCUUGGAUCUGGGCCCUGCUCCUUACUAGCUGUGUAGUCUUGGGUAAAUUAGUAUUCAUUAGCCAUAGCAGCUAAUACUUGUGCAUGACACACAUCUCCCUUAACACUCCCGGUAGAUGGAGGUAUCUCACUCACUUCAUGCUUCCAGCAGGGGUUGUGCUUAUUAUCCUCAUUAGAUCUGAAGUCCAAAAGCUUAAGAGACUUGCCCAAGGUCACAUACAGCCAGGUGACCUCAUCUGUGAAGCAGGGUUAAUAAGACUCACCUACGUGGGUUUCCUUGCUGGAAUUAAAUGAUCUUUGUACAGCAUAAUGCCUGAUGUGCAGUAAACAUUUUAAAAGGGAUGGUUUUGUUUGUUUGUUUGUUUGUUUAAUUGUGGGUGACUAGAAUUUUCUAGACUGUUGGUGAAUAGAGAAUGGAUGGUUGCAGGAUAAAGGGGGGACAGGGAGCAUACUAGGAUGCUGCUAUAUGAUUCUAGAGUACAGCUAGUCAUAGCUUGGUCCUGAUGUGAAGGUGCGGAUUCUAGAGGGGUGUGUGUGUCUGUGUGUGUGUGUGUGUGUGUGUGUGUGUGUGUACUGGAUAUUGAACUAAGACCUUAAGCAAGCUGACCAAACACUUUACCAUUGAACUAUACCCCCCCAAACUCUAAAUAUAUGUAUGUAUGUAUGUAUGUAUGUAUGUAUCUAUCUAUCUAUCUAUCUAUCUAUCUACAUAUAUAUUAAAUUUUGUGAUAGACUUUUAGUAAGCUAGCCAGGCUGACUUUUUAGUUCAGGCAGGCCUGAACUUUUGAUCCUACUGCCUCAGCCUGCCAGGUAGAUGGAUUUAUAAGCUUGUACUAUCAGCACUGGAUCUAGAGACAUCUAGCAGCUUGAUGAGCCAAGAGUGGGUGACUGAGUGGAGGUGAGGUGCAACUCACAGCAGCACAGAGGAUGACUCUCAGUUUCUGUUUUGAACAACUGGACUUGUAGGCAACAGGACUGUCCUGGGGUGGUUAAGACUGGAAAUGUGGUCGGUUCAGUGACCUCAAACUCAGUUCAUCUUCCUUUACAGGCCACCACACACUGUCAGUUAGCUUGUGGGGAGACAUCUGGGAGACAGUUGGAUAAGCAGGGCAGUUUGGCUGAGGAUAGAUAAGGGUGCUGACAGAGGGGUACAUAGCCCAAGGGCUCAAACAAUGAAGUCUAAGUGGGGAUAAACAGAGAAACAGGUCCUCUGUGGAGGGAAAAUGUGCGGCUAAAGAGGUAGGUAGAAAACAGAAGUAAGUUGCUUCUUGAAAUUCAAGAGAAGGAAGGGCUUAAGGAAUAGGAAGGGAACCACCAAGUUGAAUACUUUAUUGAGAUCAAGCAGGAUAAGGACUAGACAUUAGAUAUAGGGUUGAUUCAGCAACAGAGGGUCAUUGUUGACCCUGUCAAGACUAGCCACUGGACGGGUGGGUGCAAAAAGCCAGCUAGCCUGGGGAGAGGAGUGGGUGGGUGUGGCUAGGAAAUGGAAGUAGAUCAUUCUUCCAGAAACUUGACUCAGAAGGAGCAGUGGGAUGGGGAUGGGGAGAGCAAGACACGGGACACACGGGGAGGGAAUUUCUUUUCUAUUGUUACUCAUUCGCUCUGUGUGUGUGUGUGUGUGUGUGUGUGUGUGUGUGUGUGUGUGUGUGUGUUGCUGGUGAUUGAAUCCAAAGCUUUGAGCAUACUAAGCAUAUACUUUACCACUGAGCUAGAUUCUAGACUACCUGUAGUUAUCUACUUAAGUCCAACUGUAUAAUGUACUUUAAUGUGUGCAGAAAAUAGGCAGGCACUGUGGCAUACACCUAAGGUCCAAGCUUAUCAGAAAGCUAUGGCAGCAAGACUGCUUGAGCCUAAGAAUUGCUUGGGGAAUAUAACUAAGACCCUAUCACUCCUAGACACAAACACAGACAGACAGACAGACAGACACACACACACACACACACACACACACACACACACACACAAAGAGGUCUGUCCUAAAUGUACAUCGUGAACCAUUCUGUAAUGGAACACACCAAUGUACCAUCAGGAAGUGUAACCUUGGCAACGCUUUGGAAGACCCCUUUUGCCUACUUCCAGUUACAGCCUAAGGGUAACUACUGUCUGACUUAGGACUUCAUUAUUGUAAUAAAGCACUAUGAUCAGAAACAACCUUGGAGAAGAAAGGGUUUAUUUCAUUUUAUAUUUCCAGGUAACAGUUCAUCACUGAGAGAGUUGGGGCAGGAACUGAGGCAGGGCAGGAACCUGGUGGCAGGAACUGAAACAGAAGCCACGGAAGAAUGCUGCUUAUUGGCUUGCUUUCCAUGGGCUUGCUGAGUUUGCUUUUUUAUACACCCCAGGAUCACUUGCCAAGGGGUAGCACCACCCCCAAUUGGGUUGGGCUCUCUUAAAUUCAUCAUUAAUCAAGAAAAACUGGGAAGUCAGUUGUGGUGGCACCUGCCUUUAAUCCGAGCACUCAGGAGGCAGAGACAGGUAGAUAUCUCUAUGAGUUCAAGGUUAACCUGGUCUACACAGCAAGUUUCAGGCCAGCCAAUCAGAGCUACAUAGCUACAUAGAUCCUGUCCCCCCAAAACAAAAACAGAAAACAACAACAAAAAAAGGCGUCUUGCCUACAGGCCAAGAUGGAGAUAUUUUCUCAGGUAAGAUUCUCUUCCCAAAUAUAUCUAGGCUUGUGUCAAGUUGGAGGAAACCGACCAGGACAACUACUAAUCUAGCCCCUGCCAUCCUAAAUUGGUUUUUGUGUGCUUUUUGUUCUGUUUUUGUUUUUGUUUGUUUGUUUAUUUGUUUUUGAGACAUGCUCUCAUGUGGCCUAGGCUAACUUUGUAGCCUAGUCUAGCCAUGAACAUCUUAUCCUCCUGCCUCUGCCUUCUGGGUGAUUAGAUAACAGGGAUAGGCCACCAUGCCCAGACACUUUCACACUUUUUUUAAGAUUUAUUUUUAUUUUAUGUAUGCGAGUACACUGUAGUUGUCUUCAGACAUGCCAGAAGAGGACAUCAGAUCCCAUUACUGAUGGUUGCAAGCCCCCAUGUGGUUGCUGGGAAUUGAACUCAGGAACUCUGGAAGAGCAGUCGGUGCUCUUAACCACUGAGCCAACCCUCCAGCCCUCCCACUUGUUUUUGAACGUCAUUUUCAAGGGAGUAAUAUCUCCUUACUUACUUGUGUAUUGUGUCUGUCACUGGCCGAUACCUGUAAGGUCCACUGCAUGUACUUAUUUAUGUUUCAUAUUUUUCAUCACAUAGUGAUCCUGUUAUUAUCAAUGGGCAUUUGGAUAGUUUUCAGUUUUGAUGUGAGAGUGACUUGAAUUUACUGGUGAGUUGAAUGGUCUAAUCUGAGGUAUCCAUUUUCUCUGAGGAGGGAGAAAAAGACUAGAGCCAUACAGGGUAAUUUCCCAGGUAGGAAGUGAGAACCAUCUGCGGUUGAGGAUUGCACCGUGAUUCCAGCCGGGCUGCUGUGCCAAGACCUCUGAGCUCGAUCCAGGCGGAGCGUAGAAGCUGCAAGGACAGGGAGGUGUUUUGCCAGGCUUGGUGUCUGCCAGGGAAGACAGAAGUGCAGGGCACUGAGGAUGCUAACAGCAGGCAAGAGAUAGAAGGCUGGCUGUGGAUGCAGGCUGGGAAGAGGAUGUGCAGAGAAGGUAGGGAAGAAAGGUGGGAGGGAGCUGGAAGAGAAAGCAAGCAGAGGCGGACCACGAGGUAGGUGCCCAGUGGUGUCUAUGAAUCUUCAGGCUGUAUCUCCAGUGAUUGGCACGUGCUUGUCAUUAAGUGGGUAGUUGAAUAAAUGAGUUGUGGGACUGGGGGACCAGGGGUCUCAGGUAACAAACAGAUGCAGUAGUGAUGAUGGAGAGAUUACGGACAGUGAGGCUGUCUGUGGUUUAGGAAAAGGGCAUUCCAGAGUAGAUGAUUAGGCUAGGGUUUUGGGUAGGGGAGCUGAAAGAUGCAUAAAGGGUUAGCUAGGCAGUCCAUAGGAACACAUAGUUCAUGCUGGAUGUUCAAGUAAGAGAUGUUGGGAUCCAGAAAGCCAGUACAAGGGAAUUCAGGCUAUGGGUGGAAGAAAACAGUCCUAUCUUCCGCUAUAAGGGAAAACCCUGGCUGGGUAAUAGGACCUGAUCCUUUUCCCUUGGUCCAAGGGAAAGGAGAGACACAGGUGCAAGUGGGCUUUAGGGAUAGCCCCACUUCCACCGCUUCGUUUCCUCUCUCUUCUCAGCUUCUUCAGAGUCCUUAUUAUCCAGUGUCAUCCAUUGGCACAACUCCUGUACCCCAACCUCCUUCUUACUCACUUCACACAUAUAGAACCCAGUCUUUCUUUGUGAAUCUUUUCUCAGCAGGCUCAUUUGGACAUAUUUCAUUUCAUGUGUAUUGGUGUUUUUUGCCUGUUUAUGUCUGUGUGUGGGUGUCAAAUCCCCUGGAACUGGAGUUACAGAAAGUUGUGAGCUGCCAUGUGGGUGCUAGGAAUUGAACCUGGAACCUCUGGAAGAGAAGCUAACACUCUUAACCUCUGGGCCAUCUCUCCAAACCCUUGAACAACUAUUACAGCCUCCUAUAGUCUCUUUAUUCUGUCCUUUUAUAUUCAUUCUAGUAUUCAACUCCUUUCACAAGCGUUCCUAGCCACAAACCCUGUGUCAGCCCACUGCCGAGGGAAGCCCCUAGUAACCUCUUACAGAAGCUAAGCAGACUGAGGUUCGGUGUCCCCUUAGUCCAGGAGACCAGUCCCGCCCCAUCCCGGCGGGCUGAGUCAGGAGGCAGGAACUGGGCGGGCAGGAGGCGCCGAGAGCAGCCAGAAACCGGGGCCAGAGCCGCUGGCAGUGAGCUUGGAGCCCAACGGGGCUGGUACCAAAAACCCCGGGCCAGCGGGACACAGUGGGUGAGCGUGAGUCGGGGGCCGUCCGGAACUUACUAUGAACUCCAAAAAGAGAGGGAGCCCCGCGCGAACUCAUUCCAUGAUGUCCCUGUCGGUGCGGCCGCAGCGCCGCCUGCUCAGCGCCCGGGUCAGUAGGAGCCAGUCCUUCGCAGGCGUCCUCGGCAGCCACGAGCGCGGGCCCAGGAGCUUCACUGUCUUCAGCCCACCAGGGCCCCCACGGAAGCCCCUAGUGCUCUCCCGAGUGUCAAGGAUGUUUUCUGUGGCCCAUCCAGCUCCCAAGGUGCCGCAGCCAGAGAGGCUGGACCUGGUGUACACUGCUCUUAAGCGGGGACUGACGGCCUACUUGGAAGUGCAUCAGCAGGAGCAGGAGAAGCUCCAGCGCCAGAUAAAGGAGUCCAAAAGGAAUUCCCGCCUAGGCUUCCUGUAUGACUUGGACAAGCAAGUCAAGUCCAUUGAACGCUUUCUUCGACGACUGGAAUUCCAUGCCAGUAAGAUUGACGAGUUGUAUGAAGCAUACUGUGUCCAGCGGCGUCUCAGGGAUGGUGCCUACAACAUGGUCCGCGCCUAUAGCACUGGGUCCCCAGGGAGUCGAGAGGCCCGAGACAGCCUGGCCGAGGCCACUCGAGGCCAUCGAGAGUAUACAGAGAGCAUGUGUCUUCUGGAGAAUGAGCUGGAGGCACAGUUGGGCGAGUUUCAUCUCCGGAUGAAAGGGCUGGCUGGCUUCGCCAGGCUGUGUGUGGGCGAUCAAUAUGAGAUCUGCAUGAAAUAUGGCCGUCAGCGCUGGAAGUUGCGAGGCCGGAUAGAGAGUAGUGGCAAGCAGGUGUGGGACAGUGAAGAGACCGUCUUUCUUCCUCUACUCACAGAAUUCCUGUCUAUCAAGGUGACAGAAUUAAAGGGACUGGCUAACCACGUAGUCGUGGGCAGUGUCUCCUGUGAGACCAAGGACCUGUUUGCCGCCCUGCCCCAGGUUGUGGCUGUGGAUAUCAAUGAUCUUGGCACCAUCAAGCUAAGCCUAGAAGUCAUAUGGAGUCCCUUUGACAAGGAUGACCAGCCUUCAGCUGCUUCUACAGUCAACAAAGCUUCCACAGUCACCAAGCGAUUUUCCACAUAUAGCCAGAGCCCGCCAGACACACCCUCACUCCGAGAACAGGCCUUUUAUAACAUGUUACGGCGACAGGAGGAGCUCGAGAAUGGGACGGCCUGGUCCCUGUCCUCUGAAUCGUCAGAUGAUUCAUCAAGCCCGCAGCUCUCUGGCACAGCUCGACACUCAACUCCCAAGCCUCUGGUGCAACAGCCUGAGCCCCUGCCUGUCCAAGUUGCCUUCCGAAGGCCAGAGAGCCUCACGUCUGGUUCCAUGGAUGAAGAGCCAGCCAUGACCCCAUCCCUGGUCAAUGGGCAUGCCCCUUACAGCCGGACUCUCAGCCACAUCAGCGAGGCCAGCGUGGAUGCUGCCUUGACUGAGGCCGUGGAAGCUGUGGACUCACAAAGCCCAAUCCCAGGGCCUAGCCCGCUUGUCUAUCCAGAUUCCACCCACGUGGAGCGUGUCAGUAGUGUUCUGCCUGUCCUCAACAAUGGCCAUUCUGCCACAAGUCCCGCCCUCAGUACAACUGGCCCCGCCCCCACAUUUAUAGACCCUGCCCCAACGACACAGCUAGACUUGGUUCACAAAACCACAGACUCCGCCCCUUCUGAGUUGCCCAGCAUCACACAUACUACGACAAGCUCUGCAUAUAGUGCUGUAAGCCUUGUCAACAGUGUUCCAAGCCUAACUUCCACCACUAUAGGUUCUGCCCACACAACCACGCCCUCUCCCCUCACCUCCACAGGCUCUGUUCCCAAUGCAACAGACUCAACCCAGGCUACCCCAAGCCCUACUCACAGUACCCCAAGCCCUACCCAUACUACUAUACGCCUCACCCACACCACUGUAAGCCCUACACAUAGCUCCCCGAGCCCCAUACACACUACCCCGAGCCCCACCCAUACCACUGUAAGUCCCACCUGCACUACUCCAAGCUCCGGCCACAGUACCACUAGUCCCACUCAAGAAGCCAAGAUGUCAACUCAUACCACCGGUGCUGUGGGCCCGGUCCAGACCACUACAAGUCCCAUUUCCACAACUGAAAGCCCCUCCCCUUCUACAGACGUGGCUAUAAUCUCCAGCUCCUCUGCAGAAUCCACCGGCCCAGGCACUGAACCUCUGCCCUGUAGUCACCCAGCCUCCCCUCCCUACACUAAAGCAGACCCCACAGCUUCCUGCACCUCUUACCAGAGUCUUGCUUCCUCUGGUUCAAAACCCCUCACAAGCCCUGCCCCGGAUUCCCCAGAACAAAUCCCUAAGAGCCCAAGUUCCUCUCCCUCAUCUAGUGCCCCUGAACCCCAACAUUCAGAACAUAACCUGGCCGCAGUUGCUCAAGCCCCAGUCCCUGAGGCAACGGGAGGAGCUGGGGACAGAAGGCUUGAAGAAGCUCUUGGGACCCUAAUGUCUGCCCUUGAUGACUAUCGUGGUCAGUUCCCUGAGCUGCAGGGCCUGGAGCAGGAGGUGACUCGGCUGGAGAGUCUGCUCAUGCAGAGACAAGGCCUGACUCGAAGCCGGGCUUCCAGUCUUAGCAUCACUGUGGAGCAUGCCCUGGAGAGCUUCAGCUUCCUCAAUGAUGAUGAAGAUGAAGACAACGAUGGUCCCGGGGACAGGCACACAAGCAGCCCAGAGGUUGUGGCAGAGGACAGACUAGACUCAUCAAAUGGCCAGUCUCUAAGCACAGGGUGUUCAGCCCUGGAUGCUACCUUGGUCCAGCACCUGUACCACUGCAGCCGCCUCCUGCUGAAACUGGGCACAUUUGGACCCCUGCGCUGCCAGGAGGCCUGGGCCCUGGAACGGCUGCUGCGGGAAGCGCGUGUAUUCCAGGAAGUGUGUGAACGCAGCAAGCUAUGGGGGAACUCUGCCACAUCUGCCCAGGAAGUGGUACAGUUCUCCGCCUCUCGGCCCGGCUUCCUGACCUUUUGGGACCAGUGUACAGAGGGACUCAGCCCCUUCAUCUGCUCUGUGGAGCGGGUGCUCCUCACCUUCUGCAGCCAGUACGGUGCCCGUCUUUCCCUGCGCCAGCCAGGCUUAGCCGAGGCUGUGUGUGUGAAGUUCCUGGAAGAUGCCCUGGGACAGAAGCUGCCCAGGAGGCCCCAACCAGGCCCGGGGGAGCAGUUCACCAUCUUCCAAUUCUGGAGUUAUGUAGAAGCCUUGGACAGCCCCUCCAUGGAUGCCUAUGUGACAGAGACUGCAGAGGAGGUGUUACUAGUACAGAACCUGAACUCUGAUGACCAGGCCGUUGUGCUGAAAGCCCUAAGGUUAGCACCGGAGGGGCGCCUGCGAAAGGAUGGGCUUCGGGCUCUUAGCUCCCUGCUGGUCCACGGCAACAACAAAGUCAUGGCUGCUGUCAGCACUCAGCUUCGGAGCCUGUCACUUGGUCCUGUCUUCCGGGAAAGGGCUCUCUUGUGCUUCCUGGACCAGCUGGAAGAUGGGGACGUGCAGACUCGAGUGGCCGGAUGCCUGGCUUUGGGCUGUAUCAAGGCUCCUGAGGGCAUUGAGCCCCUGGUGUACUUGUGCCAAACAGACACAGAAGCUGUGAGGGAAGCCGCCCGGCAGAGCCUGCAGCAGUGCGGGGAGGAAGGACAGUCUGCUCAUCGACAGCUAGAGGAGUCCCUGGAUGCUCUGCCCUGCAUCUUUGGGCCCAGCAGCAUGGCCAGCACAGCAUUCUGAACUCUUAAUUGCCGGCUCCCAGUGUCCCUUCCCUUGUUUUCAGGGCUCAUCAGGCACUGGCAGGGAGGGUGAAGGCUGGUUCCAGUCACCUCUCCCCACAAAUUCCUAUCAAUGAAAAUCUAAUAUAUUCUUUUGUUACCACUGGGGUUGGCAGAAUGCCUGAAAUGAAGUGCCUCCCAGCCGCGGUUCUGCACAGUCUUUGCCACACACAGUGUCGGAGGCCUGGCCAUUUGGUCAGCUUGCCUUGCCUCAUCACAUCCCUUGGGUUUGUAUUUUAUUUACAGAGUUUUACAGAAAAUAAAAGAAAAAAAAGCAAA